UCCGCGAGCAGUCACUGGAGAGUCGCACGGCGGCGAUGGACGCCUGCGCAGCGGCUGCGUUGCUCGUCUCCGCGGCCGUCUUGGCCACAGCACAGCUGGGUCGUGCAGACGAGCCGCUCGAACUGGAGUUCGACUACCGCGCGGUUCAGCUGGGAGAAUACUCCGCUGUCACAGCCCCGACCUACCGAAGCGAGUCCCAGACCGCGGCUACAGCUGAAACGGCAACGUCCGCUUUGUGGGAGUCGACACCGUCUUCCGAAUUUGGCUCGAACGAGACCGACGCCGACGAGACUGUCAAACGCUUUCUGGCAAUAAACGCCAGAGCGUCAGUAGAUGCCGAGUUCCAGAGGCGAGAAGUUCAGGUGCUGACGUGCUGUUUCGCCGAGGGCGAGGAGGCGUGUGACGUGGAGUGCCUGGAGCACUUCGUGGCGAGUGUGGACGGGGGCGGCGGCGCGAGCAACCGGACGACGGCGGUGCGGCUGUGCAGCGCGCUCUACGGGCUGCUGGAGUGCCCCGGCGACCCCCGGAGCGCCCAGUGCUCGCAGUACUGCCGCUGCUUCAGCGCCGACCCCUGGGCGGACGCGGUCUGGGGCGCCGCGUCGGCGCUUUUCUUCGUCUGCACGCUGCUCACGCUGGCCGUGUACCUGUGCGUGCCGCGGCUGCGCAACCUGCACGGCAAGUGCCUCGCCUCCUACCUGGUGGCGGUGGUUGCCGGCGAGGCCGUCGCCACGGUGGCCAGCUCGCUGGUCUGCGGCGACCCCGACCCCCUGGUGCUCGCCGCCGUCCACUACCUCACUCUGGCCCGCUACUGCUGGGUCAACCUGCUGUGCGUCGACGUGUACUGCAGGUGCCGGCCGUUCCGCUCGGUGCGCCAGCAGCCGCGCGCCGGCUGCCUGUCCGCGGAGCGCCGCAGGUUCCUCUGCUUCUCGGCGGCCGCCUGGGGCGGCUCGGCGCUCGUCUUCGGCGCGCUCUGGGCCUUCCGAGUGGAGGCCACGCCCGUCAUCUACACCGGCAUCGUCUUCCUCCUGCUCGCCGCCAGCUGCGUGCCGCUCUUACUGACGCUGGCCAGGAUCUGGAGGACGAAGAGGCAGACCCGGAAGAAGUGCCUCAACAUUUCCAAGAUGAGACUCAACUGGUUCUACCUGACGUCGAAGCUGCUCUGCCUGAGUGGCGCCGGCAAGCUGCUGUCGGUGGUGCUGUACUUCACGGUGCGCGGCAAGCCCUACUACAAGUGGCUCUUUGUCGUACUGAAGCUGGAAGGUCCCAUCGUGUUCUUUCUGUUUGUGUGCAACGUCAGAGUCAGGGGCUUAGUACGCAAGCAUCUUACGAACCUGGAAUGGAUAAGCGGAGAAAAAAGCAGCGAGAACUGUAGUAAAUACAGCUGAGUGAGGUGCUACAGUUGUGUGCCUGAACAAUGCAAAGUGCCGAGUGAGUCAAUUCCUACGAACUUUACAUAUCAUUGUGGAUAAUUGUAAAUUUUAGUAGAAGUUGACUACAUUUCUUUCUGAUCUUGUGAAUAUUGUAGCUAUGCUCUCGUUGUGUUUCAUAAAUAAUUUUUGAUAUAAAAUCCUAAAUUUCUUAAA